GUGGGAGUAGUGGCAAUGGUGAGCAGCUUCUUUUUUAGAUCCGCAGUUGGAAAAGUGGUGGGUGGGGAACGGCCGAGCGAAGGAAGUGGUGGAUCCGGGUACUAGAAGAGGAUUUGCAGAAAGGAAACUCAAAUCAAUCAGCACAUCAAAAUCUGACAGCAUCACUUGAUUCAUCAGGAACUGGAUGUUAUUGGCCUUUGAGCGGUAUUAGAAGGGGAGGAUUUGCAGUCAGGAAACUCAAACCAAACAUCACAUCAGAAUCUGAUGGAGUCGCCCAAUUUAUCAUAACCUGAAUAUCAUCAGAAUUUGGACAUGGAAGGAAAAAGCACUGUUCACAGUGGAGAGAAACCGUACACGUGUUCUGUUUGUGGACGAGGCUUCAAUCGAUCAUCUGACCUGUCAAAACAUAAAUGCAGUUACAAUAGGGAGAAGCCGUGGAAAUGUGGGGACUGUGGGAAGGGAUUCAAUUGCCCAUCUGACCUGGAAACACAUCGGCGUAUUCACACAGGGGAGAGGCCGUUCACUUGCUCUGAAUGUGGGAAGGGAUUCACCACCUCAUCCCACCUGCUGACUCACCAGCGAGUUCACACUGGAGAGAGGCCGUUCAGCUGCUCCAUGUGUGGGAAGGGAUUCACUCAGUCAACCCAUCUGCUGACACACAAGCGUACUCACACUGGGGAGAGGCCGUUCACCUGCUCUGUAUGUGGGAAGGGAUUCAGUGAUUCAUCCAACCUGUUGAUACAUCAGCGAUUUCACACUGGGGAGAGACCUUUCACCUGCUCCAAGUGUGGGAAGGGAUUUGCUCAGUCAUCCCAUGUGCUGAGACAUGAGAGAGUUCACACUGAGGAGAGACCUUUUAGAUGCCCAGACUGUGGGAAGUGCUAUAAGGGUUCCGUGGAACUGAUGUGCCAUCAACGUGUUCACACUGGGGAGAGACCAUUCAGGUGUUCGCACUGCGGGACUGGGUUCAGGGAAUCAUCUCAUCUCAUUGUACACCAGCGCACUCAUACUGGAGAGAGGCGGUUCUCAUGCUCCGAGUGUGGGAGGAGAUUCAAUCAUGCAUGCACCCUUCUGAGACACCAGCAAGUUCACACUGGGGAGAGGCCGUUCACGUGCUCCAUGUGUGGGAAGAGAUUUGGUCGGUCAUCCACUCUGCUGAGACACCAGCAAGUUCACAAGGUAUGAGAAAGGGAGGAUUUGCAGAUUCAGAAUGGGAGAAACCGUACAUGUUUCUUGUGUGAACGAGGCUUCAACUGAGCAUUGAACCUGGAGGGACAAAAGGAUACCUACACCAUGGAGAAACCAUGGAAAUAUCUGGACUGUGGGAAGGAUUCAAUUACCCAUCUGAGCCUUGAAAGUCAUCAGUGCAGUCACAGCAGGGAGAGACUGUUUCCUCACUCUAUGUGCUGGAAGGGAUUCAGUCAGUCAUCCUAAUGCCGAGACACAGUGAGCUCACAUGUGAUUGCAGGAGUUGGAUUCUGGUGUUAUUACUGUUGUUAAUCACACCCAACAACUUGCCUUCAUUUAGCACAUUUACCAGAGGAGAAUUAUCAAAUGAAAUUUGGCAGAGCCACAUACAGGGAAAUUAGGACAGGCGGCCAAAAGAAUGAUUAAAUAGUUCAAUUUUAAACAGCAGCUUAAGGAGGGAGGUUACAGAGGGAGGGACUGGCAAGGUGAUGCACUGAGUGAAAACAAGGAUGAUCAUUUUAAAAUCAAUGUGUUGCUACACCAGGAGCUAAUGCAUGCAGUGAGAAUGGGGGUGAUAGGUGAAUGGAAUUUGGUCUGUUAGGACAUAGAUAAUAAAGUUUUGGAUAACCUUGAGUUUUCUGAUCCAUUACCAUCUAGAAGGACAAGGGCAACAGAUAGAUGUUCCACCUAGAAGUUCCCCUCUAAGCCACUUGCCAUCCUGACUUGGUAAUAUAUUGCCGUUCCUUCACUGUCGCUGGGUCAAGAUCA